GUAUUUUAUAGCACAUUAAGUAAUGUAGUUUGGUUCGCUAACUGCGAUAAACUAUUUGCAAUUUGGUUCUAGAAAAAUAAAAUUUUUAUCGGUAUUCAAUUAACAGGGGGAGGAAUAUUUCUGAAGAGACUUUGUAGACUCUUUUUAUAAGACUCUAAGCAUAAAUUUUAUAAGAACGCAGUCGUUUGCAUAAUCAGUGACGCUUUGCGCUCAGGAGUGGUGCUUUAUUUCGUUUACACAUUAUAAACAAGUGUUGGACAUUGCAUUUCUUAGCUUGCUACCCACUCAUUCAGUUGUCAUUCACUGACGCAAAUCGUGAAUAAACGAAAAUGCAAAACAAAUAUGUCGCCAAGUAAGUAAAUGAAUAAGUAAACUAGCGUCUCCUUGGAUAAAAACAAUGGCUUUAUCCAUUCUCUUUGACGUUUAUAACAUGUACUUAAGAUUGUAAUUCAAGCUUAUUGCACCUUGAAAAAAAUGGUUGAGAGGCUUCAGAUGCUUGAGACUCGGCGUUUAUUCGGGACCCGGCUCAGAAAAUUUUUCCAUCUAUGUGAAGUUAUUAUUUUUUUGACGUCCACAACAAUUAGGAUUAAUAUAUGGCAUACAUAGCUAUAUAUAUAUUGAUCGCGAAAUGUAAUGUUUAAAACCAACUGAAUAAUAAGCCCCUUGAACAACUCCCUCCCGUCGUAAAUAAGCUCAGCUUCUUCAAACUCUCAGACAAAAAUCCUUCUGAUAAUGUUAUGUUUUCCUCCAGCGAAUAUCACAUGGGUCCAUAUUCUAAUCUCCUCAGCACCGGCUGGUGCAAGGCAUGUGCAGUGUUUUCUGGGGUACGGUUGGUAGCCUUACCCCCAACCCCCCAUCUGGUGGUCCAGGAGAUCACUCUUUGUCCCUGAGCCUCUGCCCUUUGACCUUUGAGCCAAGGGUCAUCAAAGACUCUAGUCGACAUAGCUUUAGGUAUCAUGGAAACAGUCAAGCUACGUUUCCUUUGAGGUGGGGGUAAUGGGGGUUCAUGUAAGGCUCGAUGUCCACAUUUAUAUUAUCAGCCGGUUGAUAAUACCUCUAAAAAAAUUCUUAAUUUAAUUUCUCUGGUAUAAAAGUGUUUUAUCUUGCUAGUUUUUUGCAGAGUUGUUUUAAAUUUAAUUACGCAUUCAGGCACCACGCAUUCAAGAAUAAAAUAUGACCCUUUGAACAACUGGGCCCAGAUCUCCAAUACCGCCCGAGGCUGUGAAAAAUGCGGGGAACCUGGAAAAGGUGUAAGGAUUUCAAUAUGGUGGCUUUCCCGAAGGAUGCUUUCGUUCUUGUGCGACAGUUUAACAUUAACACUGCAUCACUUCGGAUACUGGUGUUUGGCAGCCUUAAAAGGGAUUUUCCCUUUGGCUUUGUUAGAAAGUUGGUAACUGAAACUCAGAAGCCUUUGGAAACUAACCAAGGUUCACAAGGGACAAGAUUAGUUGAACAACUUGAACAGCCUGAACUGUCAUCUAAAGCACGUGCCAAAGUCGGGGAAUUUUUGGAAAGAAAUGGCAUCCGAGUUAAAAAUAUUCGCAAACAUAUAGAUUUCAGCAAACUUUCCGUGAAGAAAAUAGCACAAAUCUUUAGAUUUCUAGGGGAGAUUGGAAUUGACCGAGAACUUAGGCGCAAAGUUAUCACUCGCAGACCAACCAUCUUGACAACCAAGGAGGUCUUGCUUAAAAACCGUGUGCAGGCAAUGCGAAAUAUUGGAAUCUAUCCAGAGUCUAUAACUUACGUUGUUAAAGAAGCGCCUGGUGUGUUAACAGCUAGAACAGAGGAAACUUUGCCUGGAAAGGUCAAAUAUUUUGAAGACAUGAAAGUAACACCAAAGUUCACCAAAGAUGAAAUACUCCAUGUACUUACAAAGUGCCCUAGCAUAAUCGCCACUUAUAAUGUUGAGUCAUUGAGGAAGAAAGUUCAGUUCCUCGAACAAGAGCUCAAAUUCAACAAAGAUCACAUCAAGAACAUCAUUCUCAAACAGCCAUCUGUUUUGACCUUCAGUCCCGAGGCACUCAAGGAAAAGUGGACAUACUGCUAUGAGAAGAUUAAUGCGAGUCCAUCCAGUAUAGCACGCUGUCCUCGGUUGUUCCAGUGCUCUUUAAAGCGAAUAAAAGAAAGGCAUUUGUACUUGAAACAUCUAGGCCACAUAACAGAUGAAAUGAAGAUCGAUGACUACGGACUGGGACUGAUUGUUACUAACUCAGAUAAACGGUUUGCUGAAAAAGUUGCAAGAAUGUCACUGGAUGAAUUUGAUGAGUUUAGAAGGGACAUAGAUUGGAAUGAACAAUAAGCCAUACCAAAUAUUAGGGUUCUUUUAAUGUUUUUUCUCUGUCCAUGAGAUUGCUUUAUUCAUGAAUUGUGAACAUAGAUUUGUAAAUACCAUGCGGCACUAAAUUUUUGCGGGAUCAGCACUUUUUGAAUUUUGUGGGAACUAAUUUUUGUGAUUGUAAAAGACUGGUUUUUCUUGCUGGAUAUUAAUUUUUACAAUUUUUGGGAGGUCGCGUUUAAGUGAAAUAACAUGUAGAAAUUUAAAACACAGUAAUUCAGUAAUCAGUGUCACUCUGUCACAAUUACAUCGGACUCUUUUGCGGAAUUGUAGAUGCUCCUCUCAAUAGAGAACCUAAUGAUCCUUUCCUGUAAACCUUCUUCUUAAUUUUUGAACGUUUUGUUUCUCAUUUCUGCAACAAAUUCUACUAGCGACAUUUGCAUGCAUAAUUUUGCCAGAGGAGUAAGUUUUUGCGGAGAAAAUCUUUUUCUACUUAUUGCAGAAAAAAACGCAAAAAUCACAAAAAAAUUAGAACCCACAAAAAUUUAGUGCCAAAAUCAGAUAAAAAUUUGACUUUCAAACAAAACAUUGUCCAUUAGCAGGUGACCCAGCCCUUUAAAAGUUGUUUAUUAGUUCUUUGACAUAAAGGUUAUGAACACUGUCAAAAAGAGCUAUGUAGAAAAUGGGAAACUGUCAAUGAAUAAAUGAAUAAUGGAAAGUCUAUACAAAAAUUUUGGCAUCCUAUGCACAUAAUAUUGUAGCUCUAUUUAUAAUGCAAAAACUAACCUACACGUUUACUUGACAAUGACGUCCUGAUGAUAUUGAAACGUGGUUUAUUACUUUUGCUAAUUUUUGUUUUGAGAAUAUUCCUUCAAACCUUACUUAAAGAAAUUGAAAUUUAUG